AGACGGCGCACGAGGGCCGUCUCGGAGCGGUCUUGGGGCCCUUGGGCUGCUCUCGCCACCGUACAGACCUCUCACGCGCACAUGGUGCUCCCUCCGCUGUGGGCCCUCGCGGGGCUCGCGCUGGUGCUGCACCUGCUGGCGAGGCUGCUCCUGCGCAGGCCCACCCUGCUCUGGAGCGCCGCGCAGGUGCCCCCCGGGGAGGCGCCCAGCGCGCCCUGGCGCCGCGUGAGGACCAUCGCGCACCGCGGCGGCCAGGACCACCCGCGGCGUGCCGAGAACUCCCUGCCUGCCUUCCGCCGGGCCUACCGCGCGGGGGUGGACAUGGUGGAGCUCGACGUGCACCUCACCCGCGACGGGCAGGUCGUCGUCUUCCACGACGGCGACCUGCUGCGGAUGACGGGCCGGAGCGGGCACGUCAGCGCCUGCGCGCGGGGCGAGUUGCCGCCGCUCGUGGCGGCACCGCCGCCCGGGCUGCCGCAGGACGAGUUCGACGACAGCGCUUCCGACCUCGGGGAGCAGGCCAUCCCGCUGCUGGCCGAGGUCCUGGCCGAGCUCCCGAAGUCGGUGUGCGUGCUCGUGGAGAUCAAGGCGAGCAAGCUCGGGGCGCCCACUGGCGCGGGCCACGCCGCUAUUUCCACAGAGGAGCUCGUGGCCAAGACCGACGCGAUCCUCCGCGCGGACCCUCGCGGCGCUGACGCCGAGGGCCGGGUGGUCUGGUUCUCGCUGGCGGCCGACUGCUGCGACCGCACACUGCCAGCGCAGAACGCCGCGCGCCCGCGCAUCACGGCGGCUCGCACUGUGAUGUUGGCCACGCUGUCGUACUGGCUGGGGCUGCUCGCGUUUUUGCCCACGUCCUGGAUCGGAUCGGGGGCGCGGAUCUUCGGUAUGGUGUGCCCGGCCUCCAUCUCCGUCGGGCUGCUACGCCGCGUGUGCCCGUCGUUCGUGCCAGACGGGGUGGUGGAGCUGCUGCGCCGCGCGCUGAAGCCGCUGCUGGUCCCGCCGCGGAUGGUGCAGCACCUGCAGGCGCGGGGCUUGCGGGUGUUCCUGCUGGGGGUCAACGACGGCCUGUCGAUCGCUCUGGCGGCGGGCGCGGGCGUGGACGCGGUUCUGACAGAUAGGCCGCGCUGGCUGGUCCAGUCAGCCGGCUUCGCGGGGAGUCCCGUGCCGCCGCGGGAGCGGGCCGCCGGGCAGACGAAGGAGAGGUGACCGAGCAGUGCUGGGUGAGCACCUGGCGGGAGCCACCGGGGAGGG